AUGACCUGCUUCCAGGACCAUCUGCUGAGUAUAAAGUUCUGCUUAGAGAACGACCGCAGGGCUCUGCGAUGUGGCCAUAAAUUUGUGACAGAGGGGGAGCAUUUGGAGCUGAUCUCUAUCACCAAGGAGCAGUCGGGAACAUACGAGUGCAUUGCCUCUAACGACAUCUCCAGCUCCGACAUAAGGAGGGUCCAGGUCACGGUCAACUACCCUCCCUUCAUUUCAAAGGCGAGGAGUACAGGAACUCCAGUUGGACAGAGAGGAGUUCUGCAGUGUGAAGCCUCGGCGGUUCCCAGGGCAGAAUUCGAGUGGUACAAAGAAGACCGCAGGCUGCUGAAUGGAAUAAACGGCCUUAAAAUAGAGACUCAAGACAAACAGUCGCUGCUCAUCUUCUUCAACGUGUCUGAAGAAGACUAUGGAAACUACACCUGCGUUGCCAUGAACACGAUGGGGAUCACUAACGCCAGCAUAAUUCUUUAUGGUCCUGGAGCGAUGCAUGAUGUAAACGGGACGCCCAUCUUCUCCUGUUGUUCUCUCUGCCUCCUGCUGACGAUAACCUUAUUCCACCUGCUCAAGUUCUGAUGAAACCUGUGACCUUCACUUUAAGCUUCUCACAGCAGCGAACAGCAAGAACAGACGAUUUAGUCCUUAUGACAAGAAGAAGAAACCAAGAAUGCCCGCGGUUCACUCUUUGUUUUCUUUCUAAUUUCCUUCUGGCUUUACAUCCGAGUCUGUUCUUUCCAGGUUCACCCAGAGUGAAAGGCAACUAUGAAAACAAGGGAAGCGUUUAAACAUGCACUAAUUUGAAGAUGGUAGAACUACAGAGCUUGUGUGUCUCCAAACCUUUUUGUACGUGAAAUGGGAAAAAAAGAAAAAAAAACAGUGUGUUAUCAUUAAUAGUUGACUGUUUAUUGCCCAAUAUUGAAGUGUAAAUUCAGAUUAAUACUAUUAUUGUGUGACUUCUGUUCAAUAUCUGUACAGUACCAGUAAGCUUUUUUAAGUGAAUGACAAAAAAGGAAAUAAUGCAAUGUGAUUGUUGAAUUUCACUGUAUUUUUACAGUUGUAUGCAAAACAGAAGAAACUGAUCCUUUAAGACGAUCAGUUGAGAAUAUUAAAGUAUACACCAUUAUUUCUCAGGCAAAGUCCUCUAACAUAGUGCAUCCUCAUUUUUACCUGUAUCAUCGUGUGCGUAUAAAAUGUACAGAGUGAACGUUGAUCUCCCGCACUCUUAAAAUGCAUUCAUUUCUGAAUGGGCAUCAGCACAGAGUCAUAGCAGCUGCAAGGCACAUUCCUGACAAUCUGGAUCCAGAUUCAUGUGAGUUUAACUUUGAAACAAAUGGAAGAAUGAUGCUGCUGUCUGCAGACGGUCAAAGCGACCCGCCCUCAGCGGACGGCUGAUUGACAGCAUUCAGCCUCAUUCUGUUUACCUCAAUAUAGCAUCAGGUUCAAUUAGCAGCUUUCUAAUUACUGCUUAUUAAGUGCUGCACUUAUUUUUAGCCAUUUCUAUUUAUAAUUUCCAAACAUUGUUAUUCAUCUGAAUAAUGUUAAUUCUUUUUUUUUUAAAUAUGUGAAAAUAAACAUAUUUAAUCCAUCCCUUGUUAGACCUUCACAGUGGUCCUCAUGCUUCUUCUUUGACCAACAGUCCUCUAUGCAACUUGACUCCAUGUUUUCAUUUUACCGCCAUGUUUUGAGGUUAAACAUAAUUAACAGAAAUUUAAUUAUGUAUUACAACUUUCUCUGUCAUCAUAUAUUGUUCUACUUGUUUUUAUUCUACAACUUUAACAAAACAGAAGUUAAAAAUAAAUGUUUUGUACUCUUAAGAAAUAAUUCAAGAAAAAAAUAUAAUUUUAGCCGACAUUAAGUUUUCUAAACCAUGUUUUCUUAUUUAAUAGUAAUUUCCUUCUAUUUUUAUAAUUAUAUAUUCCAAAUGUGGGAUGUUCUGAUCAGGAUUUGCUGUUUCUGACGUAGCCGCGUGUCAGAUGGUACGGAAAAAUCGAUCCAGUACUUUAUAACAAAAAUAUCUGAUUUGCUGCUAUCGUCAUAAAAUGAUAGCAGCAAAUAAAUAAAUAAAU